AUGAGGUUAGUAAUUUGUGUUGAUGAAAGUCAUUUGAAGGGCCAAUAUAAGGAAACACUACUAGUAGCUGCAACACAAGAUGCUAACCUACAAAUGUAUCCUCCUGCUUGGAGUGUUGUCGAUGGGGAAACAAAUGCAUCAUGGUAUUGGUUCUUUGUGAAGUUGAAAGAUGUCAUUGAUAAUUCAAACCAACUAUGCCUGCAUUUGGCAUAUCGAGAAAAUCUUAUUGCUAAGUAUAGCAGUAGCAAUGUCAUAUUCUUGUUCAAGUGGGCAGUGCCAGCAUAUCGCAUAUCGAAAUUUGAUCUGUUAAUGACAGAGAUAAGAACCAUUCGACCAUCAAUGACAUCUUACUUGGAACGCGCAGGUAUAUCCACCUGGUCAUGGGCAAAUUUUGUUGGUAAUCGGUACAACAUUAUGACGAAUAACAUUGCGGAGUCACUAAAUUCAGUCCUAAGGCGACAACAAAGUUUUCCUAUAACCUCGUUGGUCGAAAAUAUUACAUCAUCGAUACAACGAUGGUUCUACGAGAGAAAAAGCGCAUCCACGAAAUAUAGUACAACUGUGACACCAAAAAUUGACGAUGAAUUGAGAAAAUCAUUCAACGCCAGUGCAACUUUAUUAGUACGAAAUUUGGACGAACUCUUUUUUAAGGUAGGUGUAGCUACCGAACUUUGUACUAUCAACCUUAUAGGUAACACAUGUUCAUGUCGAGAGUUUCAGAUGCGACAAAUCUCAUAUUCACAUGCAUCCCGAGCUACUUACGCAAAAGAAAAAUCAUUGUAUGAAUUGUGUUCCUCUUACUACACCACCGAAUGUUGGCGAGCUGCGUACAACGAAGUUCUUUACCCCGUUGACCGAGAGUCAGAUUAG